AUUCGUAUUUCAUGGGUUUUGAAAACGCAGCUUUUCCUAAAACAAGGAAAAGGGAGCGACGAAGCGUCUUCUGUUCUCUUUUCUCUCUCAUAAAUCCUCACUUUCUCUCUCAUAAAUCCUCACUGCUCAAUUGUUGACCACUACCAACAUCCGCUUUCAUUAACUGCUAAUUAAUCCAUAUCUUAAUCAUAUCUCCGAAACCAAAUACUCUACAACUUAAAAACCUCUCUCUCUCUCUCUCUCUCUCUGUAACUGAUUAUAAAUAGCUGUAGCUAAGCCAUGCUGCCCAAUGAAUCGAGGGCUAUUGUUCAGGUUCAAUCACCGGAGACACUUGACGCCGACGACAGUACUUCGCUCCAGAGUCAACAGCUUUCCUUCUGCCGCAGUUAACAUGUUGCCAGAAUCCCCUGUUCCUCGCGCCGUACUUGUCUUUGCCGUCUUGUCUAUUUUCUGUUUGCUUCUCUAUGGAGCUGCCGAUUCUCUUCGUUUCCUCACGUUCCCCUCUGGCUCCUCCGUUUCUUUCCCUUACAUUUUCCCUUCUCUCCUGGAUAGCGAUUCUGUUCCUCUCAGUAAUGAGCAAAAGCUUGAAACGAUAUUGAAAGAUGCGGCCAUGGAAGAUAGAACUGUUAUUUUGACUACUUUAAAUGAAGCCUGGGCAGCGCCAAAUUCGAUUAUUGAUCUCUUCCUGGCAAGCUUUAGAAUAGGGGAGCAUACUCGUAGGCUUUUGAACCACUUGGUGAUUAUUGCAUUGGAUAAGAAAGCAUAUUCACGUUGUAAGGAAGUGCAUUCUCAUUGCUUUGCUCUUGUCACUGAGGGGAUUGAUUUUCACAAGGAAGCCUACUUUAUGACCCCUGCCUAUUUGAAGAUGAUGUGGAGAAGGAUUGACUUCUUGCGUUCUGUUCUUGAGAUGGGUUAUAAUUUUGUUUUCACGGAUGCUGAUAUCAUGUGGUUCAGGGACCCAUUUCCGCGGUUUUAUUCAGAUGCAGAUUUCCAGAUUGCAUGUGAUCAUUUUACAGGCAGCUCUGUUAAUAUAGAGAACAAACCCAAUGGUGGCUUUAACUACGUGAGGUCCAAUAAUCGGUCAAUAGAGUUUUACAAGUUCUGGUACUCUUCACAGGAGACUUAUCCUGGUUAUCAUGAUCAGGAUGUCCUUAAUUUUAUCAAGUUUGAUACUUUUGUUGAGGAUCUUGGAUUGAAGAUGAGAUUCCUGGAUACUGCAUACUUUGGUGGACUUUGUGAACCCAGCAAAGAUCUUAGUUUAGUUUGUACUAUGCACGCAAAUUGCUGUUACGGGUUGGAUAGCAAGCUUCAUGAUCUUAGAAUUAUGCUUCAAGAUUGGAAACAUUUUUUGUCUUUGCCACCAAGUUUGAAGAGCUCUUCUGUUGUGUCAUGGAGGGUCCCACAGAACUGCAGUCUUGAUGCCCUCCAUCAUUAUGGUGAGUCGCCAGAAAAGAGUGUUCAAGAAGGAUUGCAACAAUGAGUUGAAUUGAUAUGAAUUGGAGUGGAGAAACUUUUGACCCUUUGCAACCAAAAUGAGAAGAUGUUUUGUUGAAGUAGAAAGUCAUGAAGACUGAAGAAGGUCCGACUUAAUUAUUUAAUUCGGAUUAAGCUGUCUAUCUGAAUGGUGACAGAGGGGAAGUUGGAGGAAUUUCUUUUUGGUUUCUACUGAACUUUUAGUCCGAAACAAAUCAAAUAUUUUUUCUUACUUGCACCUUCUUCAGUUUUUUUUUUUCACAGAGAUAUGAGAGAUACACCUCCUUCAGUUAGUAAGCCCAACAUGUAUAGAAUAUUUUGCAUUAUCACUUUGGAAUAUAUUUUGUUCUACUCCUGCUUA